AGUGACGAGAAAAGUUGAUAGUAAGGUUGAAGUUCGUUUUUUCCCUAGUACCCUUCAAAAGUUGAGUAUUGUCAUUGUCUACUAAGUACACGACCAAAACCCGAAAGAAAAAGAAACACAAUAGUUCCACCCCGGCCGCCCACAAACACCAGUAAAACACAACAUUUGAUUUCCUUCAUUCCGAAAAGAACGGCUUGUCGCCAUGGGGGCGUGCCAGAGCAGCUCUUCGGCCAAGUACGAGAAGCCAACGAAGUUCGGGGUGCAGCAAGACCGGCUAAAAAACAAGCAGUUUGAAGAGGACCUGGCUUUUUUGGAAAAUGUACAAAAUCUAAGCCAGAAAAAUUUCAAGCCUACGUAGUGUUGUUUUAGUUUUAAUCUAGGGACACGUUAUCUUUCAAGACAUGAAUUGUAUGUCUUUUCGCAUUUCUGUAUACCCGCCUUUUCUUUGCAGCUUUUGUCACAAGAACGGAGCUUCUUUCAGCUUUAUUUGUCAACCAAUCCAGGUCCCAUUAUUCUCGCGGUUAUCCAAGGCCGACCUGCCCAUUGUCGUCGGCGCCCUCGAGCGGAGGGAGUACAGCGAGGGCGACCCCGUGAUCCGGGAGGGCACGGAGGGCGACGAGUUUUUUCUGAUUAAGCAGGGGCAGGCCUUGGUGAGCAAAGACGGGUCGGAAAUCGCCACUUUGAAGCCCGGCGACUACUUUGGGGAAGGGAGUCUACUGGAAGACACACCAAGGAAUGCAACGAUUACGGUAAAGAUGCUUGUUGAUGAAAUGAAUUUUACCGUCGAAACGCACCAGAGGUGGCAGAUAGGAAAUAGGUAGGACGAAGAAGGUGCAAGUUGACGCACACUAAUCUUCCUGGCAGCACCUACCAAAAAUCUAUGUUGCCAAAGUAAGUAAGUACUUUGUUUCUUCGCUGGCGCGCCUACAACAACAUGUACAUCUUCUAACUAUUGCACUUUUCGCAAUAUUACACAUCCAGGUUGCCCAGAACUGCGCCACAUUGAUCGUGCUGUGCCUGACCCGCGCGAAAUUUGAGGAGCUCGGUGUCCGGGACCGACUGCGCUUCCCGCGUCGUCGCGCCGUCGCGGCCGGGGGCGGCCAGCAGGACCAAGGGAAUAAAACGAACGGGGCGGCGGGGGAUGCGAAUAACGCGGCGAAGAAGAACGUCACCAAAACGCCGAAGGAAGAACUGCUGAUCCGAAAAGCGCUUUUGGCGAAUAGGUACUUGUUAUGAGAGUGCACAACUACCUCUCCCCCUCAUUUGUAUGGCCUGAACAGCAAUACAAACACCAGCACACGUGGAGCCUAUGCAUGACAAAUUUAUGUACCUGAUGCUGAUGUAGUACUACUGUUUGGGCUUGUUCCGAAAUUUGUCAUGCAUAAUAGUGACGCAGGGAGGCAAUUGGAGUUGAGAUUUUGCAUGAGAAAUGAGCACGAGGGGGAGUUGUGCACUGUCAUACUUGUCGAAGGUGCUGUCCAAUGACCAGAUCCAGGACCUAAUUUCCGUGGCCUACCAGCUCGAGGUGAAGUCGGGCGAGGAGGUCGUGCAGGAAGGCUCUCUGUUGGCGGAUAGGUAUACAUAUAAAAAAUGCCACGAAUGCUUUUUUGUUUAGUGUUUCUGUUUUUUUCACGAAAGGGGGUUGCUUAUAACCCGAUUGGAUAUCGUGAUCGUCCUGCAACUGCUCGCGAUCAUUUUUCGUAUACUUACAAGUACCUAUAUCUAUCUUCUUGGCCUUGAUGCUAAAAUCAGAUUUUACAUUGUUUCCACGGGGACCUUCGAAGUGCGCAAGAAGGUGGAGAAGCAGACCAGCACCGAGAAUGCGACCAGCAUGGAGGCCCAGCUGCAGGGCGAACUGUCUGCGGGCGGGACCUUCGGCGAGUUGGCACUGUUGUACAACGCGCCCCGCGCGGCCACCGUGCAGGCGAUGUCCGACGCAACGCUGUUCGUGUAUGGCGCUCUCAACUGUUAUAUUCUCAGCUUUUACAUGAAUUUGUGAUGCAAAAUUGCCAUCAGAAGCGACGCGAUCAAGCUGCUUCGACGCAUGACAAACUAUCCAAGGGCCAAGCAGGCUGAUAGUCUGUGCUAAAUCUGUCAUGCAGGACGCGCAAGGUCCCCCUUUUCACUUUUGCCAUUCUUGCAUCACAAAUUUAUGUGGCGGAGAAUGUAACAGUUGAGAACACCAUAUCGUGAUCGACCGGCACGACUUCAAGCAGAUCCUGCGGAAGCAGGCGCAGCAGCGCCAGGAUUUUUACAUGAAGCUGGUAGAGAAGACGGAACUGCUCAAGGUCUUAUUGAAAGAGGAGAAGGAGGCCCUGUGCGAGUGCUUCGUGCAGCUGCACUACCAGUCCGGCCAGACGAUCGUGCGGGAGGGAGAAGAGGGCAACACGUUUUACAUCAUGUACCAGGGCACGGUGGGCAUCCACACCGCCAAGGAAGGCAAGGUGAACACGUUGUCCGCGGACCCCGAGCACUGCCAGUACUUCGGCGAGAAAGCACUGGUGAACCCCGAGUGCCGAAAUGCCAGCAUCGUCGUGGAAUCCUCCUCCGUCUCGCUGCUGGUCCUGGAGCGAUCCACCUUUAUGGCGUUCUCAACUGUUACAUUUUCAACUGUUACAGGAAUUUGUGAUGCAAGAAUGGCAAAAGUAAUAGGGGCGAUCUUGCGCGUCUUGCAUGACAGACUUGGCGCCGAUUAUCACCCUAUUUGGCGCUCUGAGAAGUUGUCAUGCGAAGCAGCUUGAUGGUGUCGCUUCUGAAGGCAAUUUUGCAUGAGAAAGCACGCAACAGUUGAGAAUGUAACGUUUGAGAACGCCAUAACCUUCGAACAGAUCCUGGGGCCACUUAAGUACAGUGAUGACCUCAUACCUUUCUACUAUUACAACUACUGCGCCUGGCGGGGUGAUGAUGCGAAUAUCGCAAAAUUUUUUUUUGCGACUAUAUUUCUUGCGAUGAGAUUGAGAAACAAAUAUUUUGUUUGGAGGCGGCCUGAUCAUGAUCGAUAAAAAGGAAAUUUUCAUCUUCUUCAUCAGGGAAAUCCUGCAGGACAAGGGGAACGCCAGUUUCGACAAGCGAAAGUCACGCGUGCAGACGAACCGGGACAAGGCCAGCAGUUUACUGUCUAGCAUGAGCCUCGCCGACCAGAAGCAGCAGCAGCAGGAGAAGCCAAAGAUGGCGGACUUGCACAAGGUCGGCCUGCUCGGCUGCGGCGGGUUCGGGUCCGUCACCCUGCAACGGUAUCAAAUGUAAAAGUGUCUGGGUCUGGAAGAAUGCAAGUUUGUCAUGCUUGUCUGGCAUGACUCUUAAAUCUGUCGUGCACAUUACCAAAGAGCCCCACUUUUCUGUCAUGCAGAAACGUAGUUUGUCAUGCAGAAUAGGCAACACCUAGAAGCUCAGAAACUUGUCAUGCUGAGCCAGCAAUUGUGGCCUCCUCAUGAUAUGCCACACAGCAUCACAAGUUUCCAGAUCCAGACAUUUUUACAUUUGAUAAACGGUUGAAGAAAACCAAACAGGUGUACGCGCUCAAGGCGAUCGGGAAGGGGUACAUUGUGCGCAUGCAGAUGUGCGACCAGAUCUGCAACGAGAGGAAAAUUUUGUCCAUGACGAACUCGCCGUUUGUGGCCCAGUUUUUCGGCACCUACAACUCCGCAGACUUCGUCUACUUCCUGCUCGAAGCCUGCUUGGGCGGGGAGGUAUAAUUUAUGUACUUAAAAAGUCUGCUCCGCACUCGCAGUACUAGCACCCAAUGUUGACAAUUAUGAGGUCAUGAUGCGGAUGCGGACCGCAUCCGCAUCAUGACCUCAUUGUCAACAUUCUGAAGAAUUAUGCACCUGGUGCUGUUCAUCGCCAUGCUAAUGUCUAUGUCAACAUCUACUUCAUGACGGGACCGGGAGCAAGAAGAGAGUCGUUUUGGGCGAAGAUGAAGAAGAUGGCUCAACAUUCAAACAGCAGGACCUUUGUCUUUAUCGAGGGAGAGGGUCUAGAAUAUAUAGAGAUCUGCCAUUAAAAAAACCCUAUCAGGUGUUCGCGCAAUAUUCCCGGAGAAACUUCCAUGGGUCCGUGCCGCACGCGAAAUUUUAUAUGGAUGCGUCAGGAUUGAAAUCGUCAAAGUUGAAAUAAUUUCUCAUGCAUAAGUUGCAAGGCAUGAAGCGCCUCUCUUGCAGGGGCGGCAAGUGAGGCCGACUGUCAGCCUGCUUGGGGUCUACGGCAGAGCUGCUAGUGUAGCAUGACAAAAGAAGCCUUCUGUCCCUAAACAGCAUGACAAACUGGAUUUAGACGGCCCCGAAAUUUGUCAUGCAACGCUUGAAAAUUGGGCUUCCAACUGGUAUCGAUUUUAUGCAUUGCAAGUUAUUUCAACUUUGUCGAUUUCAGUCCUGACACUCCCAUAUUUUACUCUGCCUGCGUGGUGAAGGCUUUCGAGCACCUGCACGAGCGGAAAAUUAUCUACCGCGACCUGAAGCCGGAAAACAUGCUUCUGGAUCAGAACGGGUACUGCAAACUCACCGACAUGGGCCUCGCGAAGUUUGUCAUUGGUCGCACCUACACGACCUGCGGCACCCCGGACUACUUCGCGCCGGAAAUUAUCCAGUCGUCCGGGCACACCAACGCGGUGGACUGGUGGUGCUUCGGGAUCCUCGUCUACGAACUGCUCGUCGGCAGAACGCCCUUCGACGGCCAGGACCCCCAGCUGCGGUACCGUAAAAUUUUGGGCGGUGUGGAGAAGGUCAGUUUCCCCAAACAGAUGGCGCGACUGGGUCGCCUGUUCCGCGGGUGGUGCAUUGGGCGGCAGUGGCCCGGUCGACUGCUCCGUCGACGGGCACAGCCUGCAGGCGCGGCGGCCGGCCCGCUUGUUCCGCGCGUGGCCUUGUGGCGGAUGGCCCGCCCUAGUGUGUGCGCUUCGAGUUGUGGCCGAAAGUGCCACCAUGUCUAUGCUUGCGGGGUAGCCAGCUUGGGCUCUGGGGCCCCCAGUGGCCUGGCCCGUCUUUGCGUCGCCCGAUGGCCUGCGGCCGUGGUGGCCUUUUCUUUGGGUGGGUUGCUUGCCGUGUAUCCGUGCACUACAAGCCUGUUAGCGGGCGUCCCACCCUUGUGCGCCCUGGGCCGAGGGAUGGCCCAGGGACGGAGCAGCGGCAGUUUGGCGGCCGGCCCUCCUGUUCCGCG